AUGGGAGACGCAGCAGACGAAACCGAGACCGACGAGCCGGACGACCUGCCCGAGACUCAAGGCCCAGCAGUAACGGUUGCCCACGCGGCAGAGAGACUUAUCGCCAACCAGAUGGAAGCACAACAGGCAAAGCUGGCCGUCUUCCGCGCAUUCUGCACCGCCUUCGACAAGACGGCUGCCCAGUUCAACUCGGGCCACGAGCUCAGCUUCGCGAAGGAAUUCUCGCGCGGCUUCAUUAGCUACUGGGACGACGCGCUCAACGGCGCGCCCACACGCGCCGGUCAGAAUGUCAACAACCGCCACGGCAGAGACGGGACCGCACCGACCUACGCCGCUAUGGCCCAGAAGGGGAUGGCACAGACAAGGGCUCCCCUGCCGGCACGCCUCGGCCCGAAGCCCCGGAAGGCGCCUCCGGUCCAGCCGCCUAAAGAUGACCUGCGUGUCUUCGUGCGGCUCGACGACAAGUCCCCAGCAUGGGGCUAUCAGGGGCAUGCCAUCAGAGCUCACGUAGCUAAGACUCUCAACCUAGGGACAGAACGCAUGCCACAGAUCGCCCGGGACGACUGGGCGGCCCGCCUCGGGGCCGUGGCGGUUGAAGGCUUCCAGAAGUGGCACACGUACGCUGUGGCCGACUGCCCCAGGCAGCUCACGGAUAUCUGGGGGGCCGCCGUGGACUAUGACCAAGCUAUCAAAGAAGAGAUCAAGCUCCAGACAGGUGCCGAACCAAUUGAUGUGCACAUUGCUAAGAGAUACUCCGAAAGCUCCGACCAGCCCACUGUGACAAUGAUUGUGUCCUUUCAGGCGGCGAUACAGAGGAGAUGGCGGCUCUUCGGCACCAGCCGACUAGCCCGACUGAUCGCCAAGACCGCCCGGCCCGCGCAGUGCGACACCUGUUGGGAUUAUCACUCCCGCUACGCCUGCGACCGAAAACAAGCCUGCCGACGAUGCGGCGGGAAAGACCAUCGCGAUAACGACUGCAAGCAGCCGGAGAGGUGCGCGAACUGUUCCGGCCCUUCCCGGCAGACCAUAAGGAGUGCCCUGCCAGACCUAGGCGCUCUCACGGCCAACUCGUGCGGCUCUCAAGAUCGAGAAGUACGCCGACCGACCCCAUCGCCCUGCAUGAGAGCUGCCGAGGACCGCCUCGGCAAGCAACAGGACCAGCAGCAGCAACAGCAGCAGCAACAGCAGCAGCAAUGUCGACCCCAGCGGCUGUCCCCCACCAGCGCGCAGGCGCCAGACUCCACAACGCUCCCUCCACCACAGGAAGACAGAUCCGAGUCUCCUAUGAAGAGGCGCCGACGAAACGUAUCCCUGGACCCCUAUGAACAAUAG